AUGAAGACCUCCGCCGCCGUUGCGUUCGCGUUCUGCUGCGGUUCGCUGUUUCAGUUGAUGCAAGUCUGCUGCUCCGUGCGUCCGGUCGGCAUUUACCAGGGCUUACACGAUGCGAUGACUGUAGACGAGCUGAACUAUUACUUCGGAGUGUCGGAUCCAGAGGACGCACCCGAGUACGAGGUGGUCAUGUUAUCCGAUCCCGCAAACCGACCGGAUUGCACUUUUUUUGCUUUUGGCAGAUCAGUGCAAUUGUUCUUGGAACCCAACGACCGGUUGAUCGGCGAAAAUUUCGUGUGGCAAAUACGAGACGAUUCCGAGUCGGUGACAUAUGAGGAAAAGUCACCGAGACGAUGUCAUUACAUGCAUCGGAUAAGUCGUACCGGAGACGGUGGAGUGACCGCAGCGUUUACGUACUGUCCGGGGAGCUCCAAAAACGGUAUUGUCUUUCUCUCGGACGUCACGUACGAACUGCAGUCCGUAAGUGCCAGGCUUUGUCGGUAUCGGUGUGACGACGAUGGUAGAAAUGCGUUCAUUUUGAAACGAGCGCCGACGAUAAAUCACACGUGGACCGAUGGAUUCAACGUAUUGCGAAGACCCGGCGAAAACUAUGCUUUCAUGUCACCAGACCUUUUUGUAGAGGACACGAAAUACGACGAUGAUGGAACGGCGGCGGCGGCGGUGGCUGCAGCGACUGUGCCCGUAUUGGAGACGGCGCUCUAUUUUGACGAAGCGGCCUACAAAACGUUUUCGGAGUACUUUAAACACGACGACGAACACCUCGCCGAUAUGAUUCUCGCUUACGUCAACGCCGUUCAAGUACUAUACCAUCACCCGAGCUUGGGACAAAAAAUUGAAAUCGUCUUGGUCAAACUGGAAAUGUUCAAAAAACAGCCGGAUGACUUGCCGCAUUACCGCGGAGAGAGAAGUUUGUUAUUGGAUUCGUUUUGCGCCUUCAACAAGAAAUAUCGAAAACAAGAACAAUGGGAUAUUGGACUCUAUAUUUCGGGAUUAGAUUUUUACGCGACGGAAAACGGACACUGGAGUGGCUCCACCAUGGGUUUGGCGACCGUGGGAGGUGUCUGUUCGGAGAAGUAUUCGUGCAUUAUCGCCGAGUUCGGUUCUACAGACGCUCUUGGAAAACCGUACCCGUCGGCGGGCUUUACAUCAGUAUACAUACUGGCCCACGAAAUAGGCCACAGUUUAGGUAUGCACCACGAUGGCAAUACGAACAAUUGUCCGAAAGAAGGGUUCAUAAUGUCACCAUCGAGAGGGAUUACCGGAGAAUUGUUAUGGUCAGAAUGCAGUGCUAGUGUUGCGGCAAAUCUAAACAAUCUCGAAUGUCUUUUCAAGCAGUCCAGUAGUCGGCAUUCGACCGCGGUCCAAAAGUUGGAUCACAACAAAUUCGCAGACAAGCCUGGCCAAGCGUGGGACGCAAAAAAACAAUGCGAACUACUGUUAUUGGACAACGACGCCCGGGUAAUGAGCACCGAAACGAAUUUGGACUCGUCGCGACAGCAGCCAGAAGAUAUAUGUGAAAAUUUACAAUGCGAAACGCCAAACCGACCUGGAUAUUAUUUUGCCGGGCCAGCGUUGGAAGGGACCACGUGCGGACCCAGCUUGUGGUGCGAGGCGGGAAAAUGCGUUAAAGGCAAACCGAAAAAACCCAAAAAGAUCAUAAAAGGUGGAUGGAGUCAGUGGAAGGUGCACGAGUGUACGUCGGGGUGUAUACAUAAGUCAAAAGGUUUCAGGUCCAGGACGAGGACGUGCAACAAUCCGAAACCGAUAAACACGGACGAGGGAUGCGAGGGGCCCAGACAUGAAGCCGUUCUCUGCAAAGACGACAAGACGUGCCAGAAGUCCAAAAAGACGACUGCUGCGGAAUACGCAACGGCCAAGUGCAAGGAAUUGGCCUCCAUACUUCCGGCGUUGGACAAGGAGUACUCGGGUCUGCAGGCACCUCACGAAGACGCCCGCCCGUGGAUGGGAUGUUCGGUGUUCUGCAGACGCAAGGACACCGGGUCGUUCUACACGCCCAGGUUGGACGUGUCAAACUUACCGGUCGAUCCGUACUUCCCUGACGGAACUUGGUGCCACUCCGCAGACAACGAUAACUAUUACUGCCUGAAUCACGUCUGCACGCCCGAGGACGACUUAAAACGGUCGGGCAAAAGUUCGGCCGAUUCGGGCGGCGGCGGCGACUUCCCAAUGAUCAGCCAGAACGCCCGGCCACCUGGGCCGUACGUCGUACCGGAAGUCCUGUUGCGUUACUUGAGCGUUGGCGCCGACGGCACGCCGUUGCUGACAACAAUCACGCCGGAAAUGGUCGACCGGACCGAUUACGGGGACUGGUCGAGCGACGACUACUUGGACAUGCCCGACCAACCUUUGCAGGAGCGCGUGCAGUAUGCCGUCAACUUGCGAUGA